GGCUAUUCUCCGAAAAGAUAAAAGAAUAAGAAGAAUAUAAAUUAAUUUUUACAAUCAAAAAUUACAGUAUUGAUAAUUUAUGAGGAAUCGAAAUUUUCAAUAGUAUUUUAAUGUGAAUUGAGAUUAACAGUUUUUUUUAACUAUAAUGUUCGAAUAAGCAUUGUUCAUUGGCGACAGCUUGAUCGCUGAUCGAUGUUUUUGAUUCCUAAUUAGAAGAGAAUUAUAUGUACGUUUGAUCAAAAACGUGAUAAAAAUAGUGUCAAUUUUUAAUGAAGAAAAAUACAUGUUAGGUUAGAGUGAAACUGAAUGUGUACAAUAUACUCAUUUAAACGAAAAUAAUUAUUAAACUAUUUCAAUUCUAAAUGUAUAUAAUAUCAUAAAUAUUACCAAUGAUAAUUAAUCAAAUUCCGUGUUUUGUUGACACUUGAACGAAAACGAAACUCUGGUCUUCUGUUUUGGAUAUGGUCAAUCAAAUGGAUAAUACAAAAACUUCAAGAUACGGAUUAAUAUCUUGGAAAUUGAAUAAGAAGCCUUUGGGUUUCUUAUGGAAACGUCAUUAUCGUGAAAAUGUCAUAAAAGUAGAUGAAAAUAAAUGGAAGGGAGAAGAUCCUAACACUAUCAACGUUGCACCAUGCAAAUCACAAAAUAAUAAUACCAACAAAAUACCACACGGUUUUUUUGGAAAUAUUAAGAGACAUUUUGCAAUUUGCAAAGCUAAGCAAAAAACAAGCAAAGCUAUCACAGUUGAUCAUCUUUAUGAGGCCCAACAAAUAAUGUAUACAGUUGAAAACGACAAGCCAGCAAAAUCUUCUUUUUAUAUUGACACGCCACUAGUCGAACACUGUCUUCCUUCUAUAAAUAUUGAUAAUUUACAAGCCAAUAUUACGCAAACUACUAUAGAUGAAAACAAAGUUAAUUGCAAUACUCAAUUUUCUUCGCCUUUAGAUUGUGAGACAGAUAUUUAUUCAAAAGAAGAAACAAAAGAUUUAGAUGUACUUGAUGGAGAAUAUCAUACGAAAAAUAAAAUGCAUAUUGAUCCAUCAAUAGAAUCCCCAGCAUUGCGUACUACAGAUGAAAAACAAAUAGUACAAUAUACGAGUAAUACGGAUGGAGAAAAUGAUAUGGUAAUAAACGAUGAAAGUAAGUUGAAGGCAUGUCUUACAGAGGAAUUAUUGAAAUUGAGCAAAUAUGGUUGGUAUUGGGGUCCCAUAUCUGGAAACGAGGCUGAUAUUAAACUCAUGUCAGAACCAGAUGGUGCAUUUUUAGUUAGAGAUUCAUCCGAUGACAGGUAUUUAUUAACAUUAAGUUUUAAAUCAUCGGGGAAAUUACUUCAUGCACGAAUAGAACACAGUAGAGGUAUUUUUUCAUUAUGCAACCGUGGAGAAAGUAAAUCCUUUACUUCAAUAGCUGCUUUAAUCGAUUAUUCUAUGAACUUCAGUGAAACGGCAGUUAUUUGUUAUUCAAGACCUAAAUAUCCUGGUUGUCCAUCGUUUCCUGUAAGACUAACAAAGCCAGUUAGUAGGUUCACUCAAGUAAAAAGUUUACAAUAUCUUUGUCGUUUCGUUAUACGACAAAAUACAAGAUUGGACAAUAUUCACAAAUUGCCCUUGCCAAAAAGCAUGAAAGGAUAUAUAGAGGAGGCGCAUUACUAAGACAUGAAACGAUGCAAUUAACUUAAAACUUUAAUAAUACGACAAUUAAAAUGUCAUGUGAUAAUUUUAGAGUAUUGCUGAAAAGAAUUAAAUUUAUAUUUAGAGAUAAAUUUUUUAUGUGCUUUUGCACAUUUACAUAACAAAAGUAUUGGCAAUGCAAAAAAAAACGUGAAGGCACAAUGGAAAUAAAUGCAUUUGUUAAAUAAAUAGAUAUGUAUA